AAUCAGUCGAGCUUAAUUUUCCUCAUCCUUGACAUCUCAAUCUUUAUAUAACACCCAUGACAUAUAAAUAUCUAAUUGGAUGAUUUGGAUCUAGGCAUGCAGGAGAUGCACACUAGUCUAUUAAUAUAGUCAUAUAGUAAUACUUGCGUAUCCCUAAUCAAGGCUGCACAGAUUUCCGUUGCAUACUAUAACACUUGGCUUUCUGUUCCGUCCGAGUCCCUAAGUAGCUAGCUCGCCACCCAAUGUCUAAGUCAAGCAACCAAGGCUCACCUUCCUCUGCAACUCAAACCACCAGAACCUCAGCACCAUCAUCAUCAUCAUGGCCCUUAAACAUUCUCUUCUUAUCAACCCUGGUUCCGGUGGCGGCAGCUAUGCUCCUUUACCAGCUUGACUCGUUCGACCCUGCUCCUCUGCCGCUUCACGAGUUGAGCCACCGAGUCGCGGUUGCCCCGAGGCGUAAUGCUCAGAUCCUCAAAGGGUCGCAGUUCUUGGGUGUUGGGGGUUCAGUUGGGCCAGAAGACAUUGCCUACGAUUCAAAGUCGGGACUCAUUUACACGGGAUGUGCGGACGGUUGGAUCAAGCGAGUCACGUUGAACGAGUCGGUGGCUGACUCGGUGGUGGAGAAUUGGGUUAAUACCGGCGGGAGACCACUAGGACUUGCCCACGGUCACGACGGAGAGCUGUUCGUCGCCGACGCGGGAAAGGGACUACUAAGAAUAAGCGAGGAUGGACUAGUGGAGCUACUGACAAAUGAGGCUGAGGGUGUAAAGUUCAGGCUACCAGAUUGUGUAGAUGUAGCAAAAGAUGGUAUGAUUUACUUCACAGAUGCUUCAUACAAAAACAGCAUAGAAGAGGUCAUAUGGGACUUUCUAGAGGGCAGACCCCAUGGUAGGUUAUUGAGCUACAAUCCCUCAACCAAAGAGACCAAAGUGCUCCUUCGUGACCUCUACUUUGCUAAUGGACUUGCCGUCUCUCCGGAUCAGAAUUUUGUGAUCUUUUGCGAAACUUUCAUGUUUAGGUGCAGAAAGUACUACCUGGAAGGCGAGAAGAAAGGGAGCACAGAGAACUUCAUCGACCACUUGCCGGGCUCCCCGGAUAACAUACGAUAUGAUGGAGAAGGCAAUUACUGGAUCGCUCUAGCUGGGGAGACGUCACAUAUUACGAUUAUGUCACUUAAAUCUCCUUUUAUUCGAAAAAUGAUGGCAAUCAUGGAGAAGUAUAUAGUAAGCAGACCAUAUAAGGAGAAGAACUCUGGUGUAAUCGCUGUGGAUUUGGAAGGGGAACCAACUGCUCACUAUUCCGAUUCAGAUUUGUCACUCAUUACGAGUGGGAUCAAGAUCGGAAACUACCUCUACUGUGGUUCUAUUGUCUAUCCUUACAUUAUCCGACUUGAUCUGGAACAACUUCCUCCCCAUACUGCUACAUGAUGAGCUUCAACCACCAAAACCUUCACCCAUAAUUGAUGUACUAUUGUGCUAUUUCCCUUUCUAGUUGAAGAGACACUUGCAUGUUCAAUUUCAUCUUUCAAAUAAUAGUUUAUCAAAGAAAAUAGUGUAGCUCUUGUCGUGGUUUUUGGGUCUCCCAAUCGUUAAUUAAUUUUAGUGGGCCACACCAACUUGAGGUGAGGCCCAAGAAGAAAAUUCAUGAAUGAUCACAUGGGCCCAAUAAUCAAGCGGGACAGCUCCAGAUGCCAUGUCCUCGUGCUGGCGAGAUAAUGUGGUAGUGUGGUACCAAUGAUAAAUGUCCAUGUUUUGACAUAGAUGAAGCAGUUAAUAAGGGGGCGUACACGUACAUGGUGAUGAGUAUACAUUUGUACAUGAUGGCGAUCAUGAUAUAUCAUUGUUUUUAACUGUUGA